GGAGAUGAUCGGGUCCGAUCAUCGACCACUGGUGCGGAGGACCGCCCUCGCACGAUUGGCCAAUGAGUUCAGGAUGAAGAUGAACGAUGGGAUGCAGUUUGUGCACAUGGCGAGUAUCGGCAGCGGUUUUAUCGUCCGUAGUCGAAGGAGCGGAGAAGUUUUUACCAAAGGAUCCCGUGUGGAAGCACAACCAGGAUAGUCCGAUAGUCAAUCAGGAUGACCGGACAGUGCUGAACAGCGCAACUGAGCUGAUACAGCACCUAAACUCCGAAUCGAUGUUCCCUCUCGACAGGCCACUCGUGAUACUAUGCUUUGACGAGUCUCACAUGCUCACGAAGACUCAGGCGCGUGACGACGAUUGGACAAGAUUCUCAGAGCUACGGCGUUCGCUCCACAUGAUAUGCACUCUGCCUAUAUUCACACUCUUCCUCUCUACUAUGGGUAAAGUGGAACAAUUUGCACCAUUUCCCCAGCAGGAGAGGUCGGGUCGAAUUGUUGGGCGAGAAUUAGAAGUAUUCCCACCCAUCGUUCUCACCCCAUUUGAUGUCUUUGCCGAGCAUGUAUCUGGUCCAGAGUGCACACUGCAACGCGUCGCGUCUACACAGUACAUGGCGCACUUGGGUCGUCCCUUGUUCGGUGCAUUGUACGACACCGGCAGACGGGAGGAAAUUGUUCACGUAGCGGAAGCCAAAUUAUUGAACUCGCAAACGUCUCCCGAGCACCUGACUCAAAAUCAGUUGCUGGCGUGCAUGGGAGUGCGUAUUCCACUCGUGUUCAAGGCCAGUGUUCCGGACGACCUCGAGAAGGAGCGACUGCUAGUGGCGGAUCACAUGCGGUUGUUGCUUUACGCUAGCACCGGGUUUGCGCGGGUUUUGACCACCUGCUCAUCUGAGCCGUUACUUGCGGAGGCAUCGUAUAUGGCCCUCGUUAGCAGGCGGUGGUCGGGUGGCGAGGCGGUGGCGCUCUCUACCAAACGUAUGCCUAUGCCCCUGGCCCCGAUAUCCGUGCUCGCGUACCAUCUCGCCAACUCUCAGCUAAGCUUGGGCGAACGAGGAGAAACAGUCGCCGCUGUCCUGCUGCUUGACGCCCGCGAUCGUGCCACUACAUUUCCUCUCGCCGCCAACGAACCACUGCCUGGGACCAGCGACGCUGUAGGCCACUGCCACCAGGAUCUCAGAUACGACGGUGCUCUGAAGCGGCGGAUCGUCACCGUUUCGCAAUUCCUGAAGGCACUCCUCGCAAAGCCUUGCAACGACGUCCUUCCAACCGAAUGUGACAAGCCCGGGAACGCGGACGUACCACUGGGAGCCGCAUUCAAGGAGUGUUACAUCUACUUCAACCACUUCGUCAAGACGACCAGCGUCGACAUGGUGAACCAGAGGCGCCUCCGAGCCGCCAUGACACGCGGGGCGGCGUACAUCUGCGCGGACAGCCAGGCGGGCAUCGACAUCAUCAUCCCCGUUCUGUCCGGCACUGUGCUGGCGCGGGCCAAGGUAUCCGCGCUCACGGUGCGGGUGAAGAACAACACGCAGUUCGCGGCGGAGGUGCAGAACCACCUGUUCGAGGGCAUGGACCCGUACGUGUGCGGUGUCUUCGACGACGACGUGGCGGACCCGCCCCCGGUCCUACGCAUGGUCUUUGCGCUCGCCUCGCCCGAGUCGUCGGUGACGGUGCCCUCGCAACGGCCUCCCCCCACUGGCAACACCGGCGUAGGCAGAUACACUGCGUACGACAUCUGGUGCGCCGGGGCGCGUGGAUCGACCUUCGCCGUCAUUCGGGAGGACGAGGAAGACGCGGUGGGCCGGCUCCUCGAGACACUGCGUGCGCCGGACGACGUCGGGCGGCUGUACAAGCCCGGCGCGUUGCGCGACGCUGUGCGGGCGAUGCAGCCGCUGGCAACGGACUGUAACGACUAUCAACGUAUCGCGUAUACGACGUGAUGGAACGGCGGCGAGUAUCGACUCGGCGCGACGCAGGUGCUUGAGGGUCGGGGCGCAGACCGGAGAGCUCGGGAGGAAAACUCUAAGGUAAG